AUGAAACAUGGGCGUGUCCGGUGCGUUCUAGGCGCCGAGCUACCCCCGUCGCUUGUUGUUGGCGCGCUGCGGGGCAGUGGGGGCGAGACUGUUGUGUCUGCCGUCUUGUCGGCAUGGCCGGGGACUUUCCGAUUUCCCAUCAGAGAUGAGGACCUCGCUAAGGCUGGGCAGACGGGUGUGGCUCCUUACCGCUGCCCGCACCCCCUGAAGGAGGUGUCCACGGAAAUCAACGUCACACGACAGCCCGUCCGCAAGCUUGGAAUUGGUACCGAUAUGCAGCACGCAUGGCACUCGGUCCAGAAAACUUCCGAAUUCCCGGGCUCUGGUCUGCGGAGAGGAAGAGGGAUUUCAUGCAGGACGUAA